AUGGCGGUCUUGGGUGAAGAGUGGUUUGCUGUUGGAGACAUUUAUUUCAGAAAGCUUCAUCUUUACGAUAUGCCGUGGGGUAUGGGAUUUUCAAUAUCACAAUUCAAGACAUCGAUUUGUCAGUAUUCUGGUUAUAUCGCAAUGUAUUUGGAUGGCCAAGCGGGAGCGAAACCUAUACUUCAAAUAUAUACAUCAUCAGGCAAACUCGUUUCCCAAAGUGUUUGGAAAGAUGCACCUGGUAUAUUGCUUGGUUGGACUUUGUCAGAGGAUUUAUUAGUUAUCCAAAAAACAGGAUUCACUACCAUAUUAGAUCAUCAGGGCAAGUUUGUUCGACGUUUUAGUAUGGGACCUGAAGCUGAAGAAAGAGAAAUAAUUAGUGCUAAGCUUUUUACCAUUGAUUAUAAUACAGGAAUAGCUGUUCUUACUGGUGGAAACCACAUAUAUGUAACUACCAGUAUCGAAACUCCACGUAUGCGACGCCUUGUAGAAUUACCUGGACCAGUAAAGUCUUUGUCACAUUGGACUAUUGUCACAACACCUCUUGAAACUGGAACACCUGAUUCUUUUCGAAGCCCAUGGGUGAUGUUUUCAAACAAAAAGAAUUUGUACCGAGCUGACUUUGGAACAGUUGAAGGUAUUGAUUUGUCAAAGCUUACUAGGUCAACUGGUUCUGAUAUUUACUUAUUGUCUAUAUCUUUGAAUAUGCAAUUUGUUGCAAUUUAUUUAACCAAUGGUGAAUUGUUAAUUACCAAUACGCGAUUUACUGAAUUACAUUCACAUAUUGACUUGACCCAACGUAUAUCAGUUAUGUUGGUGAAUAAUAAUAAUUCAGCUAAUCAAAAACUCAAUCAUCCUAAAACGAUGCUUUGGUUAACUAAUUCAGCUGUUGUGCUUCAAUGGAAUAAUUUAAUUGCUAUUAUAAGUACACAGUCAGAUAUUUAUGAAACAUUUUAUGCUGAUGAUAUAUUCUUAGCCCAAGAGAUUGAUGGAAUUCGCAUUCUAUCACCUACAUCACACGAAUUAUUACAACGUGUACCAUCCCCAUUAGAAUCACUUGGACGUAUUGGAGCAUCGUGUCCAGCCACAUGGUUAUUGUCUGCAAGUAAGAGUUUAAAAAUCAAUUGUGGACGUACUAAUGAUUAUUUAUUGCCUAUUAAACAACCUAAUCAAAUGAUUGAUGCAAUAUCACAUUGUAUUGAAGCAGCAUGUCAUGCAACUGUUGAUCCUAUUUGUCAACAAGAACUACUGGAAUCUGCUCAUUUAGGUCGAGGAUUAUUAUCAGCUAUGAUGAAUACUACUCCUAAUGCUACUAUUUCUUCUACCACUGUUACUAACAAUAACAAUACAGGUCAUUAUUCAGUUGAGGCUAAAUUGAAAGAACUCGCGGAUCAUGCUGCAAAGGUUUGUCAAACUUUGCGUUUGUUGAAUAGCUUAGCUGUUCCAUGGUUAGGUAUUGCACUAACGUGGCGUCAGUUUCGUGAAUUAGGACCAAACAAAUUGUUUGAACGUUUAUUGAUGCGCCGUCAUUACCCAAUGGCGAUUGAACUUGUUCGAAUCCAUCAAAAACAUAAAUGGCCAAUAAGCAUUCUCGAAGAAAGUCAAAGCAAUUAUGGGACAUGCACAUUUACUCGUUUACUUGCCCAUUGGGCAUGCAAUAGUUCUAUAACAUCUUCAGGAGCAGCUACAUUGAUAUCAGAACGGGUAGCAGCUAUUGUGGAUAAAUUAUUCAACAAUUCAUCAGAGAGCAAAUCUAAGUCUAGUAAUCAUCAUGCCAACUAUUACAGUACCUCUAUUCCUCAUUUGGACUUCGCUGAUGUAGCUAGUCAAGCUAUUUCAGCUGGUCGAGAAACAGUUGCGGAGCAAAUAUUAGAAUAUGAGCCACGCGCUUGGCGUCAGGUACCAUUACUUUUAAAAUUAUCUCGUUAUAAUCGUGCAUUAGUUCGAGCAGUAGAGACUGGAAAUCCUGAACUAAUUACGACAGUUGUGGUAGCAUUGCAAGAGCAAACUCUGGCCAUAUAUCAAGAGACAUUAGAACAAGUUGAUCAUUCUAAAUCUGGUUCUGAAAAUUCAACAAAAGCUGCUCUUUUAAAUUUUGAUCAUGAAAAUGAUCAUGCGUCAGAAGCUAAAAAAAUUGUUCUCUCAGCCUAUCAAGAAAAUAGUUUAGCUUCACGAUUGACAUUAUUACAAAAUGCUGAAGAGAUUUAUCGUCAAUCAAAGAAUGAUUUUAUGGCUCAGCAAUGUAACGCACAAGUUCGUCUAUUGAAAUUUCAAAGUAAACUUGAGAAACAAGAAAUAUCUGCUCCUGUCUUCGAAAUUAAAUCUAUACCCGGCUCUAAUCGUAUAUUACCCGAGGUAGUACAGUCUGGUAGUAUAAAUGAGAAGCUUUGGGUUGGUCAGUCGCUAAACACAACACUCAGUCGUUUGUUAGCUUCCGGGCAAUCCGAACGUCAAGCAGAUCAAUUACGCAGAGAAUUUAGAGUUUCAGAAAAACGUUUCGCUUUUCUUCGUGUUGUUGGUAUGGCAAUCAAUAAUGCAUCUUGGUUAGAAAUGGAUAAAAUGAUUCGAGCAAAAAAACCACCGGUUAAUGUUGAGAUAUUAAUCAAAAUUUGUAUCGACGGCAAUCGUAUAGACGAAGCGAUAAAACUAAUUUCUAAAGUUCCACCUGAACGAACAGUCCGUUUCUGGGUAAUGACUGGGAGAAUCGAAGAAGCCAUUCAGGUAGCGGUUCGUGAGAAAUCAGAAUAUGAUUUAUUGUAUAUUCAGCGUGAAGUUGGAAAAACCAACAAAGAAUUAUAUGAUCGGAUUACUAAUCUACGAGCACAAAUUCAGUGA